AUGUCUGAUGAAGAAGACGUGAUCUUGGUAAAGAAACCGAAACAUGUCCACUAUGGGUCAUUGGAGGAGCAAGAGAAGGCCCGGCUUGCUGCCUUGGCUGCAGCUGCUAAGGAGGGUGCAGAAGAUGUCGGUGGGAAAGAGUUGGGAGAUAUUCAGAUUUCAAGUGAAUAUAUGGAGCUGGAAGAAGAAAUGUCUCGCGAUAAAAAGGCUCUUCUUGAAGAGUUUGAGAGGAGACGGAAAGCUCGCCAGCUGAAUGUGUCAACUGAUGAUGAUGAGGUCAGAAGAAGUCUACGACAGCUCGGUGAGCCGGUGUGUCUGUUUGGUGAAGGUCCAGCAGAACGGAGAGUGAGAUUAAGAGAUCUAUUAAGCUACCUUGGAGAGGAUGCCAUUCACAAGAAGUUGGAAGAAGAAGAAGCACGCAUAGAGAGAGACAGGGGGCGCGAGGGUACAUGGUACCACGAAGGUCCCAUUGACCUGAGAGAGGCUAGGCUGUGGAUAGCCCGGUAUUCACUACCUAAGGCCAAACAGAGGUUGACGAAGGCCCGCGAAGAACUAAAGUUGGCUGGAAGUGUUCGUGCAGCGGCCAAGCAAGAGUCACAGAGGAAGGCGUCUGGCAUGUCCAUAUACUGCAGUCAGAUUGGAGACACACGACCAAUAAGUUUUUGUAGAUUCAGUAGCGAUAGUAAAAUGCUGAUCACGGCGAGCUGGUCCGGCCUGGCCAAGGUGUGGUCUGUCCCGGAGUGCAAGCCCCUCCACACCCUCAAGGGUCACAAGUGUAACGUUAGCGGCGCCAACUUUCACCCCAAGGCUCACAUACCUGAACACUUUGUUAAGAAAUUAAAUGGAUCUAAUGAACAAGAAACUUCAGAGGAAGUUACUCCAGGCCAAGAGUCGGACGUAAUGGACGUGGAGGGAAGCUCCGAGGCCUGCGCAAUGGCCACCUGUGCUUAUGACGGCUCCGUGCAUUUGUGGAAUUUUGUCAGCGAGUCUCCCCUGGCGUCCCUGGAGGGCCACAGCCCGUCCCGCGUAGCUCGCGUGGAGUUCCACCCGUCGGGCAGGUUUCUCGCCACCACCGUGUUCGACCACUCGUGGAGGCUCUGGGACUUGGAGACAGCUACAGAAGUACUCCACCAGGAGGGCCACGCUAAGCCGGUGUACAGCAUCUCCUUCCAAGGGGACGGGUCCCUCGCGGUCACAGGAGGCAUGGAUGCGUUCGGCAGAGUGUGGGACCUUCGAACUGGUAGAUGUGUGAUGUUUCUAGAAGGACACUUAGGUCCAGUGCUGGGCGUGGACUGGUCCCCAGCUGGUCACCACUUAGCGACGUCAGCGGCCGACCAUCAGACCAAAGUGUGGGAUCUGAGGAGAAGAGCUGCGUUAUACACAAUACCUGCGCAUACGCAUCUAGUCAGCGACGUGAGGUACCAGAAAACCCACGGCCACUUCCUAUUAACGUCUUCAUACGACAAAACAGCCAAACUGUGGUCGAACCCGGCCUGGCACCCCCUCAGGACAUUAUCUGGUCACGAUAACAAGGUGAUGAGCGCCGACAUAUCACACGACAGCAAGUACAUAGCGACCUGCUCAUACGACAGAACGUUCAAGCUUUGGGCCCCGGACCUCGCCUGA